UGUCUGCCGCGUGCGCCAUGAUGACAUCGGCGCCGGGCGGCCGCACUUCAGUUCCUCCGGCAGCAACUCUCGCCGAUCUCCCGGCAGCGUCGUACCCCGAGAGCUGCUGCCACCGCACGCCACGCUCCCUCAGGACCCUGCAAGACCUCCCGCGAUGAACGGCUGGCUCCUCGCGAACACCAAGCCGGCGUUGCGGCGACCAACGGAGCAGCGCCUCUAGGGGCGACGAGAGAAGCGCCGACGACGACGACGACUUCGUUUCGCGCGGGUCUGUGUGCGUGCGUGUGUGCGGAUUAUACAAUAUUACGGGUCCCCGUUCCGCGCGCUGGUGCUUUCUCGACGCGUCGCUCCUCCGUGACACGCGGUGGCUGUUCUCCUUCUUUUUUGUGAAUUUUUUUGUUGUUUAUCUGCGCGGCAGAAGUCACGCUUGUGUCGCAAUUUCGUCAUUAUUCCGCGCGGCCCCCGACGCGCGCGCUCUCUCUCUCUCUCUCUGGAUUUACUGUGCCUCCACACCAACUUGCCACGCAUCGUGUACGCUCAACUGGAUACGCGAACUGUGCGUGCGUGCGGCCCAGAGUUCCGAACGAGAUCUGCGUGCGACAGACGACAGCUUUUUUUUCGCCGGUAACGGGGCAGGAUUGGCUGGCCACACCGCACGUCAUUUGAGCUUCUCAUCUUCAGGGUUAUUUCUUUCGCUGCUCCCACCUUGGGGCGAUCGGCGUCUGUAGGUGAGUUCGUCUUUCGCACUCACAGCAGCAGCAGCGGCAGGGCCUGCAGCACCGCGCUUUACGGCGACGAUGACGUAACCGGGUCCAGGCGGUGCUCCUCAAAAUUAGGACGGCCUUGGGUGCGGUGGCAAUGGCCGGCGACGACCAAGCGCGGCAGCGCACCACGAAUGGGUGCGGCGGUGGUGGAGGCGGCAUCGACGACUCCGGCAAGCUCAAGAACGGCAACGGUCUCCUUCUGCCGCAGUCCAACGGCAACAACCACCACAAGGGCCUGAACGGUGGCGUCGACGGGCUCAACUGCAAAGUCCUGCAGCCUGUGCAUCUUGAAGAGGACCCGGACUCUAUAUGCGGCCUCUGGUUCUUCAAACCGAGAUGGCUCCAGCGGUUUGCCAACAAGAAGGCGUUCCUGGCUGUGUUCUGCCUGACGAGCGUUCUGCAGGGCAUGUACUACACAUACUUUGUGAGCGUGCUGACGACCAUCGAGAAGCUGUACCAGAUCCCGAGCAAGACCACGGGCAUCAUCAUGUCGGCCACCGAGAUUGGCCAGAUCGGCGGCGCGCUGCUGCUCACCUAUUAUGGGGGCCAGGGUCACCGGCCCAAGUGGAUCGCAUGUGGCAUGCUCGUGUUCGCCGUCGCCUCCAUCCUGUGUGCCACGCCACACUUCAUCUUCAUCGACGACUCGCUCCUGGUCACGUCGCAGGCCAGGGUUCGAGGUGCCCAGAAUGCCACCGUCGCCUCACAGUGGGCCAAGCUGUGCCACGCGCCCGAGCAGGCUGCCUCCGCCUCUCCGCUGCCGGCCAACCUGACCGCACUGUUGGCUGCCGACGGAGUGUUGGCGACGACAGCCACUUCUUCUGACGCAUUGCACCUCUUCGCUGACGGCGGGGGAGCUGGGAGCCCGGUGGCCGAUGCGCUGCGACAGGCGGCCAUCUGCGAUGCCUCAACGCGACCGCUCAGCCAGAACCGCAUUACGCAUGUGGUACUCUCUGUGUUCUUCAUCAGUCUGCUCUUCAUUGGCAUUGGCGCCACAGCCGUCUACACGCUCGGCAUACCAUACAUCGACGACAAUGUUGCCAACCGGGAGUCGCCGCUCUAUUUCGGUAUCACGAUAGGCGUCAGGAUAUUCGGUCCAGUAUUUGGCUUCCUUCUCGGCUCUUACUGUACAAGCGUGUAUGUCAACUUUCCGUUUGAGACGUCCAACCUCUCUCCGGGCAACCCUCACUGGGUGGGCGCUUGGUGGCUCGGCGUGUUCAUCGUGGGCGCGGCACUCAUCGUUACGGCUCUGCCCAUGAUGGCGUUUCCGCGCAACCUGCCCCAGCGGCGGUCCUCGCAACGGGUGCCGCGACCUGUCCUAGAUCGCAAUGGCGCCAUUUGCCCCAAGCACCAGCUCCAGCAGAAGGUGCCGCUCAUAAGCUCGCCACCGGCGUCACCGUCCGGAGCCAAGAAGGCUCUCAAGGACAAGCCGACACUUAGAGGUGACCGAGAGGCCUCAACUAGCAAAAAAACACCACAAACAAGUGCUCUUUCCCUUUCAGAUUUCCCCACAGCCAUUCGGCGUCUGCUGAAGAACGAGAUCCUGCUGUACCGAACCGCCAGCAGCGUCCUCCACAUCUUGCCAAUCGCCGGUCUCUACACUUUUCUCCCAAAGUAUUUGGAGAGCCAGUUUCGGCUUACUGAGACCAAGGCCAACAUGAUCACAGGGUUCGCUGGCAUUCUUGUCAUGGGUGUGGGCAUUUUCGCCAGCGGGACGUUUAUGCGCAAGUACAAGCCAAAUGCCCGCUUUGUUGCCAAAUGGAUUGCAUUCACUGCCCUGGCGUACUCCAUUGGCAUGGUCAUCCUCAUGUGGGUGGGCUGCCCUCUUGGAGACUACGUCGGCCUCAAUUCAGAACACAGGGACUUAGACUUUCUACCUCCAGCGUGCAACAGCACCUCGUGCGAGUGCAAGUCUGGGCUCUUUUCUCCAGUGUGCCAUGAUAGUGUGACCUACUUGUCUCCUUGUCUGGCUGGCUGCUCACAAGUCUCCGGCAGCGAUCAGCAGCCAAAUUUUAGCGACUGCCAUUGCACAGGAACCAACGAAACCAUUAUCAAUGGGUUCUGCUCCCUCGAGUGCAACAGCCUUACCUGGUACAUUGUCAUCUUCUCUGUUUUCGUACUCAUACACUCGACGUCGGAAGUUGGGUCCAUGCUGCUGACUCUCAGGUGUGUAGAAUCACAUGACAAGGCCCUUGCAUUGGGACUUAUCCAGUUUGCCAUUGGAUUAUUUGGGAAUGUGCCUUGUCCCAUCAUCUACGGCGCGGUCGUCGACUCUGCCUGCCUCUUCUGGGAGGACAACUGUGGCGAGCCCGGGGCAUGCCGUGUCUACGACCCCACCAAGUUUCGCAUGGUGUUCCACGGAGUCACGGCCGUCAUCAUGUUUGUGGCCUUCCUCGUGGAUGCCGUCGUCUGGUACAAGGCCAGCUCCAUCCACAUUCACGAAGAGGAAGAGGUCAAGGAUGCCACCGUCACAACGGCAGCGCACGACGUGGCUUCCUCGUCCCCGACAGUCCCGACGGUGCACGCCGAAACCGAGUCAUGCGUGUGAGAGAUGCACCCACCUUCAUCUCUACAAGAGUUUAGGGCUUUACGUCAAGAAAAAUGACGCUGUGGUUACAUCGGGCCUCUGACUCUCUUCUUUUGUUUUCUUCCCGUUCGGGUGGAACUUGUUUGGGCAGCGCUCAUGAUGAGCCCUUCAGAUCAUUGGUGCAGCAAUUGUUCAGUGUUCGCUGUCCUUGUGGAGCCAUCAGUUGAAAAAAAAACUAUCUGUAGCCCAUUUCGACACUGCUGCAGUGUUGGCAGUCUGAGGCCGUUCGGUUCACGUAGGGACAAGAAACACCAUGUGUCCAAAGUGCCAGUCUUACCUUCUGCCCUAGAUAUACCCCUGCCCUUGGGUGGCCCACGUGAUUCUUAAAACGAGUUUGGAAGCAACGGUUUCCAAAUUUUACAUACAUGUUGUCUGUUAGCGUGGCCCUAAUGUGUUGCUGUUGCGAAGCUGACAGUACGAGUGGUUGCACCACAACAGGUGCAGGACCAGCUACGGCUUUUUUCAGAUUUGCUGCACAGAAUUCGUGAGACCGAGAGUGCGACUCUGGACACUUGCUGCACUUGCAGUUGCAUUGUCGUGCGCCUUUUUUUGAGACUGCACAGUUCACGCUCCACGAAUGUGAGGCUGUUGCCAGUAUGGACUUCGACAGAACUUGUCCCACCAGUUUGAGUAGAGAAGAGGAGGAGGACCCGUGUUGUUUGCAUCGCUGGACGAUUGUGUGCACGUUUGUGUUGUAUAAGAAUGACUCCAUGCUGUGUGUUGUGGCUUGUCGUGCUGUGGUGAAAUCGGUCCCGCAACCGCGGGGGAUCUUGUUGCUGGAUCAGCGUGAGAAAGGCAGCUUUUUCGAAUGUGCUCGUGGACUCUGUUUAGGAGAUCGCUGUUACCUUUUUUUUUUUCCAUCUAGAUUUGUUAAGCUGCUGAGUUAGUUACUUGAGCGAGAGAGAGAGAGAGGGAAAUCUGAAUGAAACAAUUUCAGUGGAAUGCUGUGUUUCAUUGCUACAAUGCGAGUGUUGUUUAUUAAACAGAGUGCUAGUUGUCAUUGCACACAGUUGGAGAAAGAAAACGCACAACUAUGGGAGAGCUUGUUUCCUGUUCUCUUUUUUCCCCCUAUUUGUGCAUAUUCUGUCCCCUUCCCUCGUUUUUGAGUUUAGUAAUAUAUGAGACCUGUUUGACAAAGUAGUGUUCCUUUUCAUUGGGUGAAAGUCAUCCAAACUGUGUUGCGCAGUGCUGUUCGUAAGCUUCUUCUGACGUCAGACUGAGUAAUUUAUCACAACUCCAGCAUUGGGAGUUUGUAUUAAAUGACAAAACACCGAGGUGAAUGUUGCGCUGAACUGUUUUUAAUAUCUCUUUAAAACUUUUAUAUCAAAAUCUUUUACUUUUAGAGGUGGCCCUGAGCUUAGAUUAAUGAUUAAUUUUUUAAAUAAGUAUCCUGCUUGCACAUGAUGAAACAGUGCACAUGGAAAUCAUUUAACAGUUUUUAUUGUUAAGCUCUGUUGCUCACUCAAAGUAAAUGAGAGCAGUGUUCGCUUGCUUGAAAAUUCUAAAAAUUCAUACCUACCCUAGCGUGCCUGCAUGCAAUUGCUAGGGCAAAUCUGGUAUGUUGAUCUUUUUGAAAUACUCUCUGGACAAAAGAACUUGUCCUACUGAAGACAGGCAUUGAAUUCACUUGGGCUACUUGUUUAUUGCACAGUUUUAAAUAGUAUGCGAGAAGGUUUCUGAUUCCAUUGAGAGUUGGUACAGCUGUUUUAUUGCAACUGUGCCUUUUAUGCCGCUGCCUACAUGGACACCGCAUCAGCAUCAUGGAAAACAUUUAUGGUUGACCAGUUAAUUUGAUCAGGGAGGGGGGAGUCCGUGGAAUGGUUACAGUUAUGUUUGUGUACCGAUAGUUCCUUAUCAGUCAUGCUCCUUUCACUCUCGAUGUUUGCUCUGAUGCAUACUUUUGUGAAGUACAGUACAGUCUACUCUAAAGGGCACACCCACUUGUUAUUUGGCUACCAAUUAAAACUGAAUUAUAGCAUGAAGUCAUCAAUACUAAUGUUUAAUUUAUGGAUGUUAGCCUUAACGCAUCCAAACAGCCAUAUUUUUGCUCCCGAUGUAGAAGUGUUUAGGUUAUGUUGGUUUUAUUACCAGCUAGGUGUUCCCUUUUAGAGUGUACCGUACUGUACGUGCAGCAGUCUUUGCAGAUGCUCUGCUUGUUUGGCGACGCUGUUUUUUGAAGAAUGUUGUCACCCACAGUGACAGGUAAGGAAGCCUUUGCUGGCUAAUAGCCUGACUUGGCUUAAUCACGCUCCAAUUCUGUGCUAAGGUGGCAUUCAAUGUUGCUUUGCGUUUAGUAUUGGGUUUAGCAAGCGAUUGCCGUCCUCGAUCGCCAGACUAAAGCCGCCUGAUUCUACAACGCACCACCACCACAUCAAUACUUGCCUGUUUUUACAUGAAUGAAUUCUGUCUCCUCUGCGGCAACAUCACAUUAAAGAAGUUCACUUUCCCACUGGAAGGAAUUAGUGUAUAGUCAAAUCUCAUUAUAGCUAUGGUAGCUUAGCGGCUGUAGUGUUUAGCUGCUAAGCACGAGGUCGCAGGAUCAAAUCCUGGCCGCAGCAGCCACUUUUCGAUGGGGGCAAAUUGCAAAAACGCCGUGUCCCGUGCAUUGGCGACACGUUGAAGACCCCCAGAUGGUCAUAAUUAAUCUGGAGUCUCCCACUACGGCGUGCCUCAUAAUCAGAUCGUGGUUUUGGCAAAACCCGAGAAUUUAAAAAGGGUACAACAAAUGAUCAGUUCAUCAUCAUCAUCAGCCUAUAUUUAUGUCCACUGCAGGAAGAAGGCCUCUCCCUGCGAUCUCAAAUUACCCCUGUCUUGAUCAGAUGUAACAAAGUAAAUCUAAAUUAUUUCGCACUGAUGAGAGCAUGUAAUGAAUAUAUGCCUAAUAGAAAUAUUGGAUAUAACGAAGGUAUUUCUCUGUCGGAUGCGGCUUUGUUUUUAGUAGAGUUGACUGUAAAACCGGCAGGGCUUACACAGUCUGAAUUGCAGCAUUUAAUGCCAAAUCAGGGUCUCUCCUGUGUUGUGAGUAAUGUCUGUACACUGCAUAACUGUAAUUGUACACAUGUACUCCUGGCGUAAUGCAGGCUUACGUACAUUUGAUGUAAGCUGAUAUGUAUUGUCUCCUGUACGCACAUAUAAAAGUGGACUCGUGUGAAUAGCAGCAUGUGGCAGUUUGCUACUGCUUGGCGUGCUUUGUCAUAAGCAUUCCCCUCUACAAGAAAUCUACAGAAGAAAAAAGGUGCUGUUGAUGAAAUCAUGUUAAGAAAUCAAAAUGUUUUGUAAAUAUGUAUGUGUGUCUGUAAAUGUGUAUGUGUGCAUGAAUGUUAGUUGUUGCUGGAGAUGUGUUAUAGAGAGUUUUAUAACAUGUGGCUUAAGAGACAUCUACGCAAGAAAGAAAUUAAGCUUUUUUUUUUUUUGGCAAGCCUGUUGAAACAUUUUUCACCAAAGAAACACGUGUGCUUGCAAAAUAUGAAUCAUGCCACGCUGUUAACAGCGAAAGAAAUUGUUUCUUUGUUCUUAGCUUCUGCUGAUAGAAUGCUUCUUUUAGGUAUGUUUUUCAUAGUAUUUAACCAACGCGCUUACCAUACAACAUUGCAUCAUUGCAUCUGCCCUAUUGAUGCGCUUGAAAUUCGACGUAGAUUAAGUUUUUACGCAUUUUCUGCCUUUUUAUGAAUAAGCACUUCCUUCAUCGUGACGUUAGGUAGGAGAAGUAUUCCGGGUUAUGGCUAGCAAAAAUUCUGCGUACAACAGCUGGGACUUGAAAAGUAUGUGCGUUUGGCUGAGUUGUCAGUGUUGGGGCUACAGCGCAGGAAUUAAUGAGCAGCUUGUGCAGUGUUAUCAGAGAUGCAGUUUUUAACACCACAAAAGCCAGCUCUUUUCAUAUUCGAAAUGCCCAAUCUCAGUACCCGCUUAAUGCACGCGUCACCGCAUUUUGGUUUGUAACGUUUUUCCCUUCAUUUAUCUGUUCCAUCGCGAAGAUGCACAUUAUGCACAUAGUAUAAGUCUCCAAUCACAGUAAACUUGAUUGUGAUGCCGAGUUAGUUGCAUACCUGUCCUCAAGAGGACCUUAUUUUUGUAAAAAAGAAAACAUGCAAAGUGAAAAUGUGGAAUAGUAUAUUUGAUUGUUUAACGUCUCGUAAAUAAAUUGGGUAGUUUUCUAAACCAAUGAUAAAAUUGAUGGUACAAGCUUUGACGUUGUGUAACGGCGAAUGUGCGAAACAGAAUCCGAAGUUCACAGUGUUUGACAUUCUAGGGAAAGACAGUUGGUGAAAGCGUAGCAAAAGGAUAGUCACAUUGUUUAUUCAGGUGAUGAGUGUCGUGGUGCUUUGUUUAUAUAUACUGUUUCUUUUGAAACACUGAUGUGGUGUAUAUGACUAUGAGCAUUGACGUGUUUAGUAGUUUUCGAUGAGGUUUUCUGAGCAAGUCGUUUUCAACCUGUUGGUUAUUGUUGUUUCUUUUCACUCCGUAGCAUUGGCCUACAUACCAAAUACCCUAAAUUCAUAGUGCGAAAUUGUGAAAUGGACCGUUUGUUGUCAGAAUUGUGAAAACAAAAUAAAACACACCUUACUGACUCUUA